CGCCCACAGCUGCUGGCUCGCGUUGACGCUAAAUCGGGACUCCCAGCUCCGGUGUGAAAAAUAGGGUGAAUAGAGAGAAGCAUGAUGUUGUCUCUGGCUGUGCUACGCCAAACUGGAGCCCAACGAGUUGUGGCUGCGACUUGGGGGAGAUUACUGAGGAGCAGUAGGGGCCAGUUUACCUCUUUGCCAGAAUGUCACUUCAUCCCCAAGACCAGAAACACGGGGCCUUUCUUUUCCUGCUCUUUCUCCUCCAACCAUUACAGGUGCUUUAGUGCCUCAGCCGCGGCCAAUCAAAAAACGCCAUCCUACAGUUAUAUCAUUGUUGGGGCAGGUUCAGCGGGCUGCGUCCUCGCCAACCGCCUCUCGGAGGAUGCCCAUGAGUCUGUGAUGCUGCUGGAGGCAGGGCCUAAGGACAGGUUUCUAGGGAGUGUACGACUCUCAUGGAAGAUCCACAUGCCAGCUGCGCUGAUCUACAACCUCUGUGAUGACAAGUAUAACUGGUUCUAUAACACUUUGCCUCAGGCCAAUGUGGACAACCGGGUGAUGUACUGGCCGAGGGGCCGUGUUUGGGGCGGGUCGUCUUCACUCAAUGCCAUGGUUUACAUCCGCGGACAUGCUGAAGAUUACAACCGCUGGCAGAGAGAGGGGGCUGAGGGUUGGGAUUAUGAACACUGUCUGCCUUACUUCAGGAAGGCUCAGUCUCAUGAGCUGGGAGAAAACAGCUAUCGGGGUGGCAGCGGACCUCUACAUGUAACCAGAGGGAAGACGAACCAUCCCCUUCACAGGGCUUUCAUUGAGGCAGGGCAGCAGGCAGGAUACCCCUUCACUGAUGACAUGAAUGGAUACCAGCAGGAAGGCGUGGGCUGGAUGGACAUGACCAUUUAUAAAGGGAAGAGGUGGAACACAGCCAGUGCCUACCUGAGACCUGCCCUGGGUCGACCCAACCUGAAGACAGAGGUGUGCUGCCUGACCACCAAGAUCCUGUUUGAUGGAAACCGUGCUGUGGGGGUGGAAUACACACAAAAGGGGCAGAAGAAAAGGAUCUUUGCAGACAAGGAGGUGAUAUUGAGCGGAGGAGCGAUAAACUCUCCUCAGCUUCUCAUGCUAUGUUCAAGGGCAGCACGGUGGCGCAGUGGUGUUGGCAGUAACCUGCAGGAUCAUUUGGAGCUAUACGUCCAGCAGCAGUGCACUCAGCCUAUCACCCUCCACAAGGCACAGAAACCUUUCCAAAUGGUUAAGAUAGGUCUUGAAUGGCUUACCACGUUCACUGGUUAUGGAGCAACAGCCCACAUGGAGAGUGGUGGAUUCAUCCGCAGCCGCCCACUCGUCACACACCCCGACAUCGAAUUUCACUUCCUGCCCUCACAAAUUAUCGACCAUGGACGAGUUGCCUCCAAGAUAGAGGCAUAUCAGGUUCAUGUCGGACCAAUGAGAAGCACCAGUAUUGGUUGGAUUAAGCUGAAGAGCGCCAAUCCUCUGGAUCACCCAAAUAUCAAUCCGAACUAUCUCUCCACUGAUAUUGAUGUGUGGGAGUUCAGGGAGUGUGUCAAACUCUCCAGAGAGAUUUUUGCCCAGAAGGCCUUCGACCCAUUCCGUGGACCCGAAGUCCUGCCCGGCCCUCAAGUCCAAUCCGACGCCGACAUUGAUGCUUUUGUCCGCCAGAAGGCUGACACCGCCUACCACCCAUCCUGCACCUGUAAGAUGGGCUCGCCCUCUGACCCAAUGGCAGUUGUGGACCCGAACACACGUGUUCUGGGUCUGGAGCGGCUGCAUGUAGUCGACGCCUCCAUCAUGCCCAGCAUCAUCAGUGGCAACCUCAACGCUCCUACCAUCAUGAUGGCAGAGAAGGCUGCUGACAUCAUCAGAGGCCGCCCUCCUCUCGUCAGCCCACGGGUUCCUGUGUACCGACCGUCAACACUCGAUACACAGAGAUAAAGGCAAAGGGUACAUGUGGUUCAGAAACAGUUUACAACACAGUCAGUUGUUAGGCAACAACAUGUGUGAUCAGUUUAUCUUGAGCUUGAUUAGGAGCUGAUUGUUUUGCUUUUUGAGCCGAUAUUGUAAAUGAGUCGUGUGUUGCCUUGUUAACACAUCCGAUUUGCAAACAAGCUAACAUACUGUGGUUUGUCUAGUAGUCACAGGUUAACAGUAAUUACAAAGGUCUGAUCAUGAUGCUGAAUACAGUUUCAUAACAUAAUCUUAGAGCUAUUGCAAAGCAGUUUGAAGACAUUCUGAUUAUGGUUUCCUUCCGACCUGGUUAUGGUUAGUGGACUCAGUAACUAAAAUCAGUUGUUUGCUCAGUUUAACUACGUUGGCUUGUCUGUAGCAGUUUUGACUAGCCAAUGCUGAAGAUCAACAGUUGUAGGGACAAACCUACUUCACCAGACACUUGAUUUUAUAUACUCUAUACAUUUAGUGUUGGCUGUGCUGGCACUUCAUGAUUGCACAAUAUGAUUGUUAGGAAAGAUGAACAAUUGCAUAGUUACUCUGAACAUAAUGAAAAGUAGUUCCUCAGAAGUUUUUGCUCAGUUUGCCUGGCAUUACCUUGUCAGAUAUGUUGGAUAACAAUGCACCAAUUUUGCAAUGUGUUUGUGUGCAUGCACACCCACGUCAUAUGUCUUAAAUACUACACAGCUGCAGUGAUUCUCAAGCCUUACAAUCUUUGACAUCAAUAAUGCCUCUAACAUUGCUUAGUUAACAUUUCAGCCACAGGCUGAGAUAAGCCACAGUGACAUUUUCAACUGAAUUCUACAGUACAGGAAAUGUGUUAUCUGGGUUUCAGGUUUCAAAGUAGAACAAAAUCUGAUCAAAGUGUCUCAUGUUCAUUCAGUCCAUUUUUUCUAAUUGGAGUCACAAUGAAACCUGGAUUAAUUUCAGCACAGAUAAGUUCAGUUCUGAGGAAAGUGGUUUCCCCCUUCCUUCUUAGGACCACAAUCAUAUUUUUUAGCCCACUACUUUUUGAAACAGUUUUCCCCUUUGUAUAUUAUCUCCUCAUCACAAUUUGUUCACGUCUGCCUUCAUUCGACAGCUAAAGUCUUGAGUGAUCACUGCUGCUGUCUGAUACCAAGAUAACAUCCCUCUUCCUUUCUGAAAACUUGCAGAUUUAACAUUUUUGUCACAGAAAGCACUGACGUUUGGAAAGAAACAGCCACAGCUGUUUUUCUGUUUUGCUCUGCGUUGUGUUGCUCUGAUCAGGACUCAAACUCAAAUCAUCCUGGUCUUGAAAUCAACCUGUGGACCUGCAGGUGCUUUCUCACUGGCUCUGGUUCUGUGAAAAUCCAAAGGCAGCUUUUCUAAACGUUGUAGCAUAAUCUUUUAUUUGGUUGUAUAUAUGUUUUCUACAGCAUGAAACUACACUAGCUGAACUAUGGGAAGAUUCAUACAGUAUGUAGUCAGAAUACAAUCCUCACUCCCACAAGAAGACAUUUUAUUAUGAAAACAUCA